CAGACAGAGGGACAGCAGAGUGGAGAGGCAGCAGAAACAUGGCGACUCCCGGGCAGAAAGUGGUGCUGAUCACCGGCUGCUCCUCCGGCAUCGGCCUCAGGAUGGCCGUGAUGCUGGCCAAGGAUGAACAGAAGCGCUAUCACGUCAUAGCAACGAUGCGUGAUCUGAAACGUAAAGAUAAGCUGGUGGAAGCUGCCGGGGACGCGUACGGGAAAACUCUUUCUCUGGCCGUCCUGGACGUCUGCACCGAUGAGUCCGUCAAACAGUGUAUUAACGGCAUCAAAGACAGACACGUGGAUGUCCUCAUCAAUAAUGCCGGUAUCGGCCUCGUGGGUCCGAUAGAGAGCAUCCCCAUCGAUGAGAUGAAGAAAGUGUUUGAGACCAACUUCUUUGGGGUGAUCCGCAUGAUCAAGGAGGUGAUGCCUGACAUGAAGAGAAGGAAAGGAGGACACAUCAUCGUGGUCAGCAGUGUGAUGGGGCUGCAAGGUGUGGUGUUCAAUGACGUGUAUGCAGCUUCCAAGUUUGCGAUGGAGGGCUUCUGUGAAUGUUUGGCUGUGCAGCUUUUGAAGUUUAAAGUCACAAUGUCAAUGAUUGAGCCGGGCCCGGUGCACACAGAAUUUGAGGCAAAAAUGAUUCAGGAUGUGCAGCAGAAGGAGUUUCCCGGAGCAGAUGCUGACACGGUGAACUACUUCAAGAACGUUUAUCUUCCUUCAUCUGUGGACAUCUUCGAGACACUGGGACAAACGCCUGACGACAUUGCCAGAUGUGUCAAGAAAGUGAUAGAAGCAAGCAGCCCGCGUUUCCGUAAUCUGACCAAUCCUUUGUACACGCCCAUCGUAGCGUUGAAAUACGCCGAUGAAACAGGAGGCCUGUCUGUCCAUGCCUUCUACCACAUGCUCUUCAACCUGGGUCCACUGAUGCACGUCAGCAUGACCGCCAUGAAGUACCUCACCUGUGGAUGUCUGAGGAGCAGGACCAUUUCACCAAACUAAAAAUGUAUUAUGGGAACACUAGAACACAGUAAAGACCACAAUUUACCGUGGCACGUGUUAUCAGUGUAAAAAACAAAUACAUACAUAAAUGCACAAACGUUUAUCUUAUUUGACCUGCCAUAUUUCACUCUGCAUAAAUGUAGUCUGUUUUGUUAUGAAGUAAUGGUAAAUGGAAUGUACUUAUAUAGCGCUUUAUCCAGUCUUUACGACCCCUCAAAGCGCUUUACAUACUACAUGUCAUUCACCCGUUCACACCCAUUCAUACAGAGCAGUGUACCUUACUCUAGGAACUAACAUUCAUACACAUUCACACAUCGUUGGCCAUGCCAUCGGGAGCAACUCAGGGUUAAGUAUCUUGCCCAUGGAUACAUCGACAUGUUGACUGCAUGGGCUGGGAUCGAACCCACAACCUUCUGGUUGAAAGGUUCUUGAUGUUGAAGUCUUGUUUAUCCUCUCUUUUUUUGUAUAAGAUUGUAGCUUAUGUACGUACAGAUGUCACACCUGAGUUCAAUUAGGUUGAAAUACUUCAACAUCUAAAAUGAUUUUAGCCCAGGGGUGUCCAAACUACGGCCUGGGGGCCAAAUGCGGCCCGCGGACCAUUUUGAAUCGGCCCUCAGCAAA